AACACAAUGUCGCAAUUUGCUCUUCCUCGUGCGAACAAGUCAUAUGGCAAUCACCCCACGGGGCCUAGUUACAAGCCUCGGAAUGCGCGGCUACUGAUUCCGUUCAUAGCUAGCAUUGGUCUCGGCUUUGGAGCAUACAACUACUACACCGAGGCCAAAUCGCGACGAGAAACCUCCAUGCGGGAGGAAGCAAAACGGUUGGCACGUAACCAACAAUUGAUGGACGCAUAUGGCGACAAGAACAGCCUUCAUGAUGUGCAACAUGCCCUCGACACCUACAACGUUCAAUGA